AUGCACCGCCGACUCCGUGCCGCGCCGUUUCUCCCACUGCUGCUGCUGCUGCUCGUGCUGCACUGCGCCGGCGGGUGCCGCGCCGCUGCGGGCCGCCGUGUGUUCGACGGCACGGUGCCGAAGAGCGGCCGGCCGGCGGCUGCGGUGGUGCGUGAGGUGCCGCGGAGGGGGCAUGGCACGGCGCAGGCGUACACCGUCGCAACGGCAGCGGCGGCAGGAGGAAAGAGCAUCGAGGGCUGGGCGCCCAUCCGCAUCGAGGUGUCCACGGAGGACCUGAAGGACCCAACUAAGUACUGCACGAAGGAGGGUGAGAGCAAGCCGAACUUUAAGGGCAGUACUAAGAGUUGUGCAGAGCAGUACGUUCUGACCGAGGCAUGGAGGAGCACCCUGGUGAACGAGGUCCUCCCUGUGGCUGUCCAGCUGCACGCGGAGCGCCUGCUCGUUCAGCGGGUGGAGGGCCCGUUGGUUGUUCCCCAGUUCACUGACACGUCUGGGCGGUGCCGGCACUUCACAGUCCCCGAUGAGCAUCGCAGAACGGGAGUUGCCAAUGCGGACAUGGUGCUCUACGUGGCUGCCGGGGCGAGUGCCGAGACGUGGGCGGUCCCGUGUGCUUUUGGUACAAACGUCCGUCCAGUUGCCGGUGCGCUGCAUGUCUCGCCUUCUCCACAGUUGUCUGUCAUGCACUCUGCCCGCGUUGCUGCGCAUGCCAUCGCCCAUGCGCUUGGCUUCGGCGUGCAGCAGAUGAGGGCGCAGAACAUGUUGGAGGAUGUCCCUAAUGUGCGCGGCAACCCCAGCCCUGUGACGGUGGUGAAGUCGCCUGCUACGCUGGAAAAAACGAGGGCGCACUACGGCUGCCCCGACCUCAAUGGCAUGGAGCUGCUCAAGAUGGACGGUGCGGUGGAGCGAGUCUUCUGGUCGCCGCGCAACGCGAAGGACGAGCUGAUGAGCCCUUUUGGCGGGUUCAACGCCGGCUACUACACCGCGCUGACGAUGGCGGCGUUUGAGGACCUCGGCUACUACAGGGCCGUGUGGGGGAUGGCGGAGCCGAUGGCGUGGGGCAACAACUCCGGCUGCGACCUCCUCAAGAGGCCGUGCUCCGCGAAAAGCCCCACCGAGCACCCCGGCAUGUUCUGCGAUAACAAGACUGACAAAACAAUUCGCUGCACGUCCAACCGUCAAGCUUUCUCGGUAUGUGAUUCGAAUAUUGCUGAAGGUAGCGGUGCCACGAGCGAAACGUGC